AAGCGCAGCGUGCAAAAUAAAAAAAAUAAAAAAAUAAAAAUAAAAAUUGCAGCGUCGCCGACGCUACCUUUGCACAUACAUGUGUGCGUGCAUGUGUCAUGUAAAUACGUGUGUAUUGGUGUAGGAGUGAGCGGAAGAACAGUAAAAGUGGAUUAGCAGCAGCAACAGCAGCCGCCAUUGCCGCCGGCAGCGCAGUUAGUGUUAAAUUUUGUGCGGCGACUGCGAACUGCGACUGCGACUGCGACAGCGACUGAGACGCUCUUUUGGAUUUAAUGCGAAGCGCUUAGCGUGUUAGUCUUUCAACUCGUGACUGUUCAUGGAAACCAUGAUUACCAGAAAAUACAGAUAAAAAUGCCAGCGCAAAUUUAUUGGAAGACUAAACAAAUUCGGGCAGUUUUGCUCGUGACGAGCUUCUGCCUGCUAAUUUCACACGCCGCUUGGGCAAAGAAAUUGAAUGCAAGUCAAGCGUUCGACGACACAUGGAACACAGCAUCCGACUUGGAAAAUGAGCUGGAACAACAGAAACGUUCAAAGGGCAGCACUGGUGCUGGAUCAACUGGGAGCUCGGGCACCGGCUCUGGCUCUGGCCAGUGGUCAGCUUGGUCGGAGUGGUCAACAUGUUCGCGCACCUGCGAUGGCGGCAUCAUGCAGCAAAUGCGUCGCUGCAGUACACCGGGCAGCUGUCGCGGCGAGAGCGCCCGCUAUCGCAUCUGCAACAUGCAGCCAUGUCCGGAGCAGCAGGACUUCCGUGCGAACCAGUGUGCCGCCUAUAACGAUGUCCCCUACGAUGGCACCCUGUACAAGUGGACGCCGCACUACGAUUAUGUCGAACCGUGUGCUCUGACAUGCAGAGGACACCCGGCGCAUCUUAUGGAGGACAUCUCACCGGAAUCGGCAGCCGGCAAUGCCGAGGAGCACUACGAUGAGCAGAGCGUUAUUGUGCAGUUGUCGGCGCGGGUGCAGGAUGGUACACGCUGUCGCUCCGGCAGUUUGGAUAUGUGCAUACAGGGCAAAUGUCAGCGCGUUGGCUGCGAUUUGAAAAUAGGCUCAACGAAGAAAAUCGACGGCUGCGGCGUUUGCGGGGGCGAUGGCAACUCCUGUUCGCAACCGCUCUAUUACUGGGAGAUGGCACCGAUGUCGCAAUGCUCCGUCACCUGCGGCGGCGGUUACAAAAUGUCUCGUCCUGAAUGCAGAAAUCGUCUAACUGGCGCUGAAGUCGAUAGCGCGCUCUGCAACGCAGCUAAUCGCCCGGACUCAUCGGUGGUGCCAUGUAAUACACACAGCUGUCCGCCGCGUUGGAUAACCGACGACUGGAGCACUUGCAGUCGCCUCUGUGGGCACGGCUACCGUGAGCGAAUGGUUGUCUGCGCCGAGGAGGACAACGGCAUCAAAACGCGGGUUGCAGAUAUUAUGUGCCGCACUCCAAAGCCGCCAACACAGGAGACCUGCAUUAUCGAGGAGUGCCCGCACUGGGAAGUGGAGGACUGGACCGGUUGCUCCGUUUCGUGCGGACAGGGCAUUCAAAUGCGCGGCGUGGAGUGCAAAUCGACAGAUGGAAGCCUGAGUGCCAAAUGUGAUCCCCUCACCAAGCCGGGCAGCAUGCAGCAGUGUUCGACGGGCAUCCAUUGUGAUGGUGGUCCAAAUAAGGGCGGCGGCACCAUCAUUGUCGGCAGCAGUCGCUCUUUGAAUGAGCGCUCCGAGCGGCAUAUGGACAGCUCGGAUCUUGAUGAUGAUGACGACGAUGAGGAUGCGGAUGAAGAGGUUGAAGAUGUGGACGAUAUGGAAUCUGGGCAGGAUACGGAUGACGGCGAGGGCCUCUCCUAUGCCGAUCAACCUCUGCGCUAUGCGCAUCAUACACAAAGCCGAUUGCAUCACGAGACGCCUGAGGAGCCACGCACCAUGCGACUGAUGAGUGGCAGCUCAAGCAAGAAUCAUAAUAAUGCAAGGGCAGGUGCAAGUGGUGGGACGGAUGUACCGUCACUGGAUCCAAGUUACAUCAAGGACACCGAGUGGUCGCCCUGCAGCGUUACCUGCGGCGAGGGCAUACGUCGACGCGCUUAUAAAUGUAAAAUCUUUCUGGAAUAUUCACGCACAGUGGCCACGCUGAAUGAUAGUCUGUGCGAGGGCACCAAGCCGCAUGAUGAGGCAGAGCGUUGCGUCGAGGAGCCGUGCAUGUUACCGUCGCAUGGCUACGAUGAUCAGUUUCCGCGUGACUCAAUCAAGGUGGGCGUCUCAGAGCCAGGCAAGACGUAUGUAUGGCGCGAGCAGGGCUACACCUCGUGCAGCGCUUCGUGCUUGGGCGGGGUGGAGGAGUUAAUCAUCAACUGUGUGCGAGAGGAUAAUGGACGCGUGGUCUCGCCAUUCCUCUGCUCGCCAGAAACGAAACCGGAGGCGCGUGUACGCACAUGUAACGAUCGUCCCUGUCCGCCGCGCUGGAACUAUUCAGAUUACACGCCCUGCUCGAAGAGCUGUGGCAUUGGUAUCAAGACGCGUGAAGUGCAGUGCAUCCAUGAGGUUACACGUGGCGGCGAGAAUACCAUGGUAGUGCCCAAUAGCAUGUGCCCACAGCCACCGCCAGCAGAUCGACAAUAUUGCAACGUGCUGGACUGCCCGGUGCGCUGGGAGGUGGGUGAGUGGUCCAAGUGCUCGCACACCUGCGGCUACGGCAUCAAGGAUCGCAAAGUGGAAUGCAAGCAGAUUAUGGCACAGGAGCAUAAAAUUGAGCGCCCCGAAUCGAUGUGCCCCAGCGUCAAGCCGCCGGACAAGAAGCCUUGCAAUGUGAAGCCCUGCCCACCCGAGGAUCCCAAGCCUGUCAUACAAAUCAGCAACUCUACCCAUAUACAACACGACCCGAAGAAGACGAAGAUUACACUGAAAGUUGGCGGUGCUGGUGUCGUCUUUUUUGGCACCCAGGUCAAGAUCAAGUGUCCUGUGAAACGCUACAAUCGCACCAAGAUCAAGUGGAGCAAGGAUCACAAGCCGUUGGCUCGUUCGCGUAAAUUUAAGGUAUCCAAAAAGGGCGCAUUGCGCAUUCUGGAUAUCACGUUCCGUGAUGCGGGCGUCUAUUCCUGUCAUGCAGGGCUCAGCUCCGCAGAGAUUAACAUCGAGGUAAAGGCUAAGCCCGGACAGCAGGCCGAAGAACUGGAACGCCAGGAAGCAGAUCGUUUAGUGCGUGAGCGCAGCGGCACGGAGGCGCUUACCUCAGCGGACAUGACGUCGACCCCGAACGGUGCCACAGCCGGUGGGGCAACAGCGGGCGGCACUGAUGGCGGCGCUAAUGGCUCUCAGCAGCAGCAAUCCACACGUCGCAGACAGAAUCAGUCGGAAAGGAUGCAGAAUGGACGUGAACGCAAUCGUCGCCCCAAAUCCGAUGGAGUGCAGCAUGCGGACAGCAGCAUUAUGGAGGAUGAGCAUUCGCAAUUAGUGCAAUCCCAGGACCGAAUUCCACAACCAGCGAGCGCCAGCAGCGGCAGCAGCCGCACCAAAACCCUUCUGGCCAUGCCCUAUUUCCAGGCGUUGCUGAGCAACCUGCAGCUGCUUUGGCCGCUGCAGCGCUUUAAGGACUCGCGCGGACAGCACUUACUGCAGCGUGAGGCUCUCAAUUAUGGCCUCGAUUUGGAGCCCCAACGCUACGAACAGGAUGAGCCGGCGCGUGUGCUGCCAAAGACCAAAGAGCUGCACACCGAAGCAGGCCGUAUUCUCGCCGUGCCCAGCCAGAAUGGACAGCAGCAACUGCAUCGACAGCCAGCAGAGGAUGUGCCGCCGCAUAUGCCACACGCGCGCUGGGAAACGGCCACGACAAUGACACUGGCCAGCAGCACGGCAACCAAUCAAGCGAGCAGCGAGGCAGGCGUGCCAGGCGUGGCCAGCGGUCACUUUGUCUACACCUGGCAGCUGGGCGAGUGGUCCAAGUGUUCGCAGGAAUGUGGAGCGGCAGGCAGCGGUUUGCAGCGUCGCACGCUGAGCUGCCGGCGUGUGGUAGCAGAGAAGAAGACAACGACAACGACGACGACGACGACGACGAGGACAACGAUGUCGAUGUCAAAUGGCACCGAUGGCGGCGGCGACAUCGUGGAGAAUGCGCAAUGCCGAGCCCAAGGGCUGGACAUGCCCGACACGUUCCAGAGCUGCGGCAACGAGCCGUGUCCACACUGGACCAAGGGCGACUGGACGCUCUGCCAGCAGUCCCGCUGCCACAGACGCAACACGGCCGUGCAACGACGGGAGGUGAGCUGCCGCUACGAGAACGGCAGCGCAGGCAUUGCCUGCGAUGAGUACGAGAGGCCGACGGCGCGCCAGGAAUGCUACAACGAACGCUGCAAGGGCGUCUGGCGCGUGGAGCCCUGGUCCGAGUGCAAUGCGCCCUGCGGUCGCCAGGGCAUCAAAUUCCGCAUUCUGCAGUGCGUCUGGUAUGGCAGCCGUCGACCCGCUGGCAACGUUUGCAAGCAUCAGCCACGCCCAGCGGUUAUGAAGGUGUGCAAGAGUCCUCCAUGUCAAUCCAAAAUGAUCACAUCGACUGGUUGUCGCGAUGCCUCUCGCUAUUGCCGCAACGCCAGGGCCAUGGGUCUGUGUCGACUGCAUCGCUAUAAGGAGAAAUGCUGCGGUUCCUGUCAGCCCAAUCUGGAGGAACUUCAAUAGAUGUGCUGCGACUACCAAAUAGAAGAAAUAAAUGUCGAAGAAAUCAGCAAGCAAUUACUAUAAGUACAGUUAGGGUAAUCCUAUAUAGCAUGGUAUAGAAACUCGAACCCAUAACUGAAAUUUUGAAUUCGAAUAUGACUAACAAGGACGAGUGCAAUUUAGUUGAUAGUUAAAUAUGAUUGGGAAAAUUGUAAUGAGAGUAAUGCAGAUCAAUUUGAGGAUAAAGCAAAUAUCGUUUCAAUUUUUGUCUACAUAAAUAAGCAACAGGUACAGAUACAGAUACAGAUAAAGAUAAAGAUGCAGAUGCAGAUAUGCAUUUAAAUGUGUGCAGAACAGGAGCAAAUAUUUACAACUAUUCGUAAACUAAGCGCAAAUUAUGUUUAGAUAUGCCCAAAAGCAAUCCAUGCUGGCAAAUAAAUUGCCAAGAUUUAUUAUAUAUCGAUUAUAUAAUAUGCUUAUAUGUGGGAUAUAUAAAUAUAAAAUUUAUAAUCGUCUGAUUUGGCAGCGAGUAGUUUGUCCCAAAGGCGGCUUUGCUUUAAGCAAUUCCAACAUUAAAUACUAAAAGUAUUUGAUAAAUAUUGCAAGUAAUACAGAAAUCAUUCGGAUCCAACCGCUAAAGCGUUGGCUACCAUUUUUGACUAUGCUUCAAGGUGUGCAUUAGGCCAACUUAAAAAAGGUUAAGGGCCAUAUAGGGCGGCGCUACUAGGAACCGUGGAAAGUUAAGCAUAAAUCACAGUACACUUUAAUAGAUAAAUCGCAAUCGAUAUAAGGUUGAGUAUCCAUAAUGUUAGUGAGCUAAAAAGAAAACCAAUUUCAUGAAAAAUGACAUUUCUUUCCACUUAAAGAAAGGAAUUAGUCAAACAUUUCAGUUUAAGCAAAUGCCUACAUUAACUGUAAACAUAAAACAAAACUAACCCAGCAAAAUAUUGGAAAAACAAGAAACAACAAACUGCACUGUUACCUAAUGUGGACAAACAUAUUAUACAAAUACAUAUACAAACUAGAUACAUCAUGUAAAUAUUCUAGCAAAUACUAAAAGUUAAGAUACAGCUGAUUAUGUUUUGAGAUCAAUUCGGAUUAUAAAAACUAUGUUAAUUGAUGUAUGGUAAA